GAAGCAAGAGCCGUCAAUUGAUCGCGAACCGUCGGCUAGCAAGCAACGUUAGUGGAGUGCGCUCGAACGUAGAUCGCAGUGAGAUCAAGUUUUUUUUUCUUACCGCUGGUGUAACCAGACUAGGAGUGUGUUGAGAUUCUGCUUUGUGUUGGGGGAUAUUGCUUUCCAGAAAGGUGUAGCACAGGUUGUGUCCGCGACGAUUAGCGCCGAUCGAGAUGCUGGAAGGCAGGAAGAUUCUGGUGAUAUGGUUGGGCGCGGCAGUGGGGUUGAUAUGUUUGGCCCAGUUUGCCUACACGUGCAACGAAAUGAUGUGCGUCAGUAUCGUGUCCAAGUGUAUGCUCACGCAGAGCUGUAAGUGCGACAUGAAGAACUGCUCCUGCUGCAAGGAGUGUUCCGAGUGUUUGAGCUAUCUGUACACGGAGUGCUGCAGCUGUUUGGAAAUGUGUCCGAAGCCGAACGAAACGACCAACGAGCUGAGCAAGCAGUCCCAUGUGGAGGAGCUGGAGGGUUUCCCAAAUCUGUUCAACGUGCUGACCUCGGAGGAGGAUCCGCAGGACCGCUGGAGGAUCUAUACGUUCCCGAUCGAUCUGGAUGCGGCGAUGUACGGGUCGAACCCCGAAACCGGGAUGAAAUUUUUGAUGCAUGCGAGUGACAAUGACCUGAAGGCUCGUCUGGAAACACCGUCCAAGAUGACCGUGAACUGUACCGUUGCCUACAUGGCCCAGUGCAUGUCCUGGAAUAAGUGCAAGGAGAGCUGCGUCACCAUGGGAGCGUCCAGCUAUCGAUGGUUCCACGACGGUUGCUGCGAGUGUGUCGGCCAAACCUGCAUCAACUACGGUAUCAACGAUUCCCGGUGCGGGCAGUGCCCGGAGAACAAGGACCUCGACCUCGACGACAUACCCAACGAGGACGAGCUGGACUACGGCGAUGGGGUCGGACCGCUGGACAACGGUGGCGUCGAGUCGACCAAUAUCUGAACGGGGGCGUGGCGGGCGAUGGUGGUGGCGGUAGUGACGGCGACGAUGGGAGAGAAAGUGACGGUACCUGUUUGGAUCUAGGGGGAGUCUACGGAAAAUAAGAGAAGAAUAGCAGCGAAGAAGCGCAGGAAACUUUACCGAAGCCAGGUGUAAUGUGCCUUAUUAGAUGUGUGCUUCGCAGUUCUGGGAAGUACCCGGAUUGAAUUGAAGCGCUUAGAAUUAUUGUGAAACUCUGUGUAUUAGACGGGAAUUCAAGUAUUUGUUGAAUGUACUGAAGAAGCGUAGCAGAUGAGAAACUGUGUACUUUGUUUUACAUAUUUAAAUUAACUGCAAGGGAAGUUCGAAACAUGAAGUGGAAAUGAAGUAUUGCAACUAAUACUUAAGUAUUUUUAUUUUUGUAAAAUAAAUCUAAUAUUGUAUAUCGUA